UAUGUGAAAAUUGCAAAAAGUUGAACUUUAUAACGCCCGUACUGGCAUGAUUGUAAAUCGAUUGCAAAUGUGGUUACGUAAUCUCGUAAUCCUACAUACAUAGACCGGAUACGAAGCGUGACGGGUGUCAUUGAUAGCGGUAUACUCUCGAACUUCGAGACUCGAAGCAAGCGUAAAUCGGGUACAAACCGAGGCUAUAAGAGACGUUGUGCGCAGCUUGCACGCCUCAGUGAGUCAAGAUCGUUUGAAGGAGCUCCAUAGCCAGCUUUGUUCAAACGGCCAUUUCGUUUCACGGUGUUUUCGCAUCACAGUUCAGGAAUUUUCAUAUCUUCUUCGUUCUACAGUGAACAGCAUUCUUCAAAAUGCGUGAGUGCAUAUCAGUCCACGUAGGACAGGCGGGAGUGCAAAUAGGAAACGCUUGCUGGGAAUUGUAUUGUUUGGAACAUGGCAUUCAACCGGACGGACAGAUGCCUUCUGACAAAGUACUCGGCUGCGGUGACGACAGUUUCAAUACUUUCUUCAGCGAGACCGGCGCCGGCAAGCAUGUGCCCAGGGCGGUGUUCGUCGAUCUCGAGCCCACUGUAGUCGAUGAAGUGCGCACCGGUACGUAUCGACAACUGUUUCAUCCGGAGCAACUGAUAACCGGCAAGGAGGACGCCGCCAACAAUUACGCGCGGGGACAUUACACGAUCGGCAAGGAGAUAGUGGAUCUCGUGCUCGACCGUGUUCGCAAGUUGGCGGAUCAAUGCACGGGACUGCAAGGCUUUCUAAUCUUUCAUUCGUUCGGCGGCGGCACCGGUUCGGGCUUCACGUCCUUGUUGAUGGAGCGGCUGUCGGUUGACUACGGCAAGAAAUCGAAGCUCGAGUUCGCGAUUUAUCCGGCGCCCCAGGUGUCCACGGCCGUCGUCGAACCGUACAACUCGAUCCUCACGACGCACACCACCCUCGAGCAUUCCGAUUGCGCGUUCAUGGUCGACAACGAGGCUAUAUACGAUAUUUGUCGACGUAAUUUGGACAUCGAGCGGCCGACUUACACCAAUCUUAAUCGGCUGAUCGGUCAGAUUGUAUCCUCGAUCACGGCCUCGCUGCGCUUCGACGGCGCACUCAACGUCGACUUGACGGAAUUCCAGACGAAUCUGGUGCCUUAUCCCAGAAUCCAUUUUCCCCUGGUCACCUACGCUCCCGUAAUAUCCGCGGAGAAGGCUUAUCACGAGCAGCUCUCCGUCGCUGAGAUAACGAACGCCUGCUUCGAGCCAGCGAAUCAAAUGGUGAAAUGCGAUCCGCGUCACGGAAAGUAUAUGGCGUGCUGCAUGUUGUAUAGAGGUGACGUAGUACCGAAGGACGUGAACGCGGCGAUUGCGACCAUUAAAACUAAGCGCAGCAUCCAAUUUGUCGACUGGUGCCCUACGGGUUUUAAGGUUGGCAUCAAUUAUCAGCCGCCGACCGUCGUUCCCGGCGGGGAUCUCGCCAAGGUGCAGCGCGCCGUUUGCAUGCUGUCCAACACGACGGCGAUCGCCGAGGCUUGGGCGCGGCUCGAUCACAAGUUCGAUCUGAUGUACGCGAAGCGUGCCUUCGUGCAUUGGUACGUCGGCGAGGGAAUGGAGGAGGGCGAGUUCUCCGAGGCGCGUGAGGAUCUUGCCGCCUUGGAAAAGGACUACGAGGAAGUCGGUAUGGACUCCACCGAUGGCGAGGGUGAUGCUGCGGAUGAAUAUUAAAUCACCGAACAAAAUUCUUACCUUUGAUUUCAUAUAUUUUUACUAUGAUCCUUGCUACCUAUUAUUACUUUAGUCUACGCCACUGAUUAGUUUUCUUUUUGCUCAAUUUUGUAUGACGCAAUCUACAAAUCUACAAAUAUUAACAGCUACUGCAUUCAUUUUUGCUUUUGAUUUAAAUUAUCUUCUGUAUCUCGCGAUAUGUAUAAGCGAAAUCUUCGACAGUGUAUUUAUUUUUUUUAAAAUAAAUUAUCACUCGACUCUG